GUUUUAGUGACAGACAAAAAUGGCAGAAAAGGUAGAAGCUUGGUUGUGCGAUGGACUGAAUCGGCUUGGCAUCGACGCCUCCAUUGACAUUGCAAGGUAUAUUCUGAGCAUUGAGACAAGUGAAGACCUGGAGGAGUAUAUGUCAGGGUUGCUUGACAGCGAUGAAAAGAGAACACAGCCAUUCAUACGUGAGCUGGUGACUCGAUGGAGGCCCUAUAAAUCCUCACAAGCUAAUGAUGGCAUACAGGUUUACAGGAAGACAGAUUUGGACGAGGUGUACGUGCCAGGGAAGGAAAAGAAGAGUCCAGCAAAUCAGCGGGAUAGAAAACCUCGGAAGAACUUUGUUUUGAAUGGCCAUGAUGUGGAAAAUAGAGGGGUAAUGCCUGGAGAGGAGAAGCCCCCACCCCAGUUACCUCCCCCUGAAAGGACCCGCCCUGCAGAGAAAGACGUGAAGAAGAAACAGAAGUUUGUACCCUUGUACAGCAAGGAAGGCCAGGCCAUGUCUGUCAUACUGAUACCAGGUCGACAUGCCUGUGAGUGUCAGGCAGGCAAGCAUCGUCUCAUUAACAACUGCAGCCGCUGUGGCCGUGUGGUGUGCGAACAGGAGGGAUCGGGACCCUGCCACUUCUGUGGACAUUUAGUCUGUUCAAAGGAAGAAGAAGAAAUACUAUCUAGAGGGUCAAAGAAUAGUGAAAAGUUGCGACAACAGUUGAUCAACAAGGCGCCCACUGAGUUGCUAGGGAAACACCUGUUUUUAAAUGGCAGGGAAUAUUUACAUAGCAACAAGCAAAAAAUACAAGACAGUCUCAAAGAGGCUGAAAAACAUAAAAACAAACUUUUGGAGUUUGACAAAACAAGUGCACGCCGAACUCAAGUGAUAGAUGAUGAGGCUGAUUAUUUCUCCACCGACUCCAACCAAUGGCUGAGUACACAGGACAGAGAGAAGCUGCGCAAACGAGAGGAGGAGUUACGGUCCCUUAGACACGCACCAAGAAAAGAUCGCAAGAUCACACUGGACUUUGCAGGCAGACAGGUGAUUGAAGAAGACCCGAGCGCUGGUGUAAACAUGUAUGAUGUCAACGAUGAUGUGGUGCAGACAGUGAAUUUUGGUGCGCGGCCUAAACAGAAGUCAGGCAAAUAUGCAGAAGAAUCUAACGACUAUCUUGUGAAUCCUGGCAUUUCUGUGCAGGCACCUAAGUUUGUUCCACAAGCAGUGCACACUAAAGCCCCCAGCUCGACACAGCAAGGUGUGGGUGCAGUAAGAUCGUUACCACGGAUACAAGAUAGGGAGCUCCUGGAGAUGUCAGAUGAAGGAAUGUGCAUGAGCAUGCAUCAACCCUGGGCCUCCCUCCUCAUAGCCGGCAUUAAAAUUCAUGAAGGUCGUUCAUGGUACACACCCCACCGAGGUCGACUGUGGAUCGCUGCCACUGCCAAGAUGCCAGAACCAGCUGUGAUUGCAGAGAUGGAGGAAAUAUAUAGACGCCACAACAAUAAUCGUCCCCUAGAUUUUCCAAGCCACUACCCAGUGGGUUGUCUCCUUGGGUGUGUGGAGGUCGUGGACUGUCUUCCCCAGGAGGACUACCAACAACAGUUUCCUGAUGGAGACUCUGGGGACCCUUAUGUGUUCAUCUGUGAUAAUCCUAAAGAACUUUUAGUGAAAUUUCCAAUCAAAGGAAAACAUAAAAUUUAUAAGCUGGAAAGCCAUAUACACAAGGCAGCAAAGAAAGGGCUGAGAUAGCAUUGCUGAACACACUAACAUCAGCAAAACCACUCUUGUGAUACACGCUUUACUGCCGUGACCUUAAGAACAGCCAUAACUGCAAAAAUCUGAAAAAUAUUACUGAAACGAUGUAUCUGAACACUUAUAAUAAUUGAAUAUUUAGAGGUGACAUAUAUGAUAUUUAAUUGAGGGCAGUCUGCUGGUUGAACAUUUUACUAAAAUACUACUUUCAUUUUUAGCUCAUCUAUUUUUUGAAAAAAAAUUAUGAGCUAUUGUCAUCUUAAUGGCGUCAGCGUCAGCGUCUGGUUAAGUUUUGCGUUUAUGUCCUUUUUUCUCAUAAAGUAUCAAUGCUAUUGCAUUUGAACUUGGUACACUUACUUACUAUCAUGAGGGGACUGGGCAGGCAAAGUUAGAUAACUUUGGCGUGCAUUUUGACAGAAUUAUGUGCCCUUUUUAUACUUAAAAAAUUGAAAAUUUUGGUUAAGUUUUGUGUUUAGGUCCAUUUUAUUCCAUAAGUAUCAAAGCUAUUGCUUUCAUACUUGCAGUACUUACUAACUAUCAUAAGGGGACUGUGCGGGCAAAGUUAUGUAACUCUAACUGGUAUUUUGACAGAAUUAUGUGCCCUUUUUAUACUUGGAAAAUUGAAAAUUUGGUUAAGUUUUGUGGUUAGGUCCACUUUAUUCCUAAAGUAUCAAAGCUAUUGCUUUCAUACUUGCAACACUUACUAUCAUAAGGGGACGGUGCAGGCAAAGUUAUGAAUCUCUGACUGGCAUUUUGACGGAAUUAUGGGCCCUUUAUACAUAGAAAAUUAAAAAUUUGGUUAAGUUUUGUGUUUUGGUCCACUUUACCCCUAAAGUAUCAAAGAUAUUGCUUUCAUACUUGGAACACUCGCAAACUAUCAUAAGGGGACAGUAAAAGACAAGUUGCAUAACUCUGGUUGUCAUCUUUACGGAAAUAUGGCCCUUUUGUUACUUAGUAACUUUGAAUAUAUGGUUAAAUUUUGUGUUUCGAUCCACUUUGCUUCUUAAGUAUCAAGGCUAUUGCUUUCAAACUUCAAAUACUUUCAUGCUAUCAUGAUGGUACUGUACCUGGCAAGUUGAAUUUUACCUUGACCUUUGAAUGACCUUGACUCUCAAGGUCAAAUUAUUAAAUUUUGCUAAAAUUUCCAUAACUUUUUUAUUUAUGAUUAGAUUUGAUUGAUACUUUGACAAAACAACUCUUACCCGACAAAACCACAAUAGACUCCACCCAAAACCCCCCCCCCCAAUCCCCCCCAAUUUCUUAAAGAUCAUCUAAUAAAUGACCACCACACCCUAACACUAUACCCCCCCCCCCCCAAAAAAAAAAUAUAUUUUUUAAACAUGGUUAAAAACACAAUUUUUUUUUUUGAAACAUGGUUUAAAAACACAAAUAUUUUUUUUGUAUUAUUUUAUUUUUGAAAUACCGUCCAACCAUCCCACCCAACAACCCCCCCCCCCCCAAAAUAUAUUAUUCUUGCAUUUUGUUUGCAUUUUUGGAAGAUAAUGUAAUAAAUGACCACACCCCCACACUAUACACCCCCCUCCACUCCACCCCUCCCUCCUUUGUGAUUGAAAUGGAGAUAGGUCCCUUCACCUUUAAAAAGAAAAAUAGAUGAGCGGUAUGCACCUGCAAGGUGGUGCUCUUGUUAGACUAUUUACGGAAUGUCCAAGCAAUGCCACUCACCCAUAUGUCAGCGUCUGUGUUAGGCUGUGGUAAGGCAAAGGUGUAUCAUCUCCAAAUCACUGUUUUUAGCUCACCUGUCGCGAAGUGACAUGGUGAGCUUAUGUGACUGUGUGAUGUCCGGCGUCCGUAUGUGCGUGUGUCUGUCAACAAUUUGUUUUUGUAGACAGUAGAGGUCACAGUUUUCAUUCAAUCUUUAUGAAAUUUGGUCAGAAUGUUUAUCUUGAUGAAAUCUGGGUUGGGAUUGUAUUUGGGUCAUCUGGGGUCAAAAACUAGGUCACUUGGUAAAAAACUAGGUCACAUAACAGGUCAAAUAAUUGAAAAACCUUGUGUAGACAAUAGAGGUCGCAGUUUUCAUCCAAUCUUUAUGAAAUUUGGUCAGAAUGUUUAUAUUUAUGAAAUCUGGGUUGGGAUUGUAUUUGGGUCAUCUGGGGUCAAAAGCUAGGUCAAAUAAUAGAAAAACCUUGUGUAGACAGUAGAGAUCACAGUUUUCAUCCAAUCUUUAUGAAAUUUGGUCAGAAUGUUAAUCUUGAUGAAAUCUGGGUUGGGAUUGUAUUUAGGUCAUCUGGGGUCAAAACCUAGGUCACUAGGUCAAAAACUAGGUCAAAUAAUAGAAAAACCUUGUGUAGACAGUAGAGGUCACAGUUUUCAUCCAAUCUUUAUGAAAUUUGGUUCCAAUGUUUAUCUUGAUAAAAUCUGGGUUUGGAUUGUAUUUGGGUCAUCUGGGGUCAAAAACUAGGUCACUAGGUCACAAACUAGGUCAAAUAAUAGAAAAACCUUGUGUAAACAAUAGAGGUCGCAGUUGUCAUCCAAUCUUAAUGAAAUUGUGUCAGAAUGUUUAUCUUGAUGAAAUCUGGGUUGGAAUUGUAUUUGGGUCAUCUGAGGUCAAAAACUAGGUCACUAGGUCAAACAAUAGAAAAACCAUCAACAAUUUGUUUGUGUAGACAGUAGAGGUCACAGUUUUCAUCCAAUCUUUAUGAAAUUUGGUCAGAAUGUUUAUCUUGAUGAAAUCUGGGUUGGGGAUUGUAUUUGGGUCAUCUGGGGUCAAAAACUAGGUCUCUAGGUCAAAAACUAGGUCACAAGGUCAAAAACUAGGUCACUAGGUCAAAUAAUAGAAAAACCUUGUAUAGACAAUAGAGGUCACAGUUUUCAUUCAAUCUUUAUGAAAUUUGGUCAGAAUGUUUAUCUUGAUGAAAUCUGGAUUGGUAUUGUAUUUGGGUCAUCUGGGGUCAAAAACUAGGUCACUAGGUCAAACAAUAGAAAACCUUGUGUAGACAAUAGAGGUCACAGUUUUCAUCUAAUCUUUAUAAAAUUUGAUCAGAAUGUUUAUCUUGAUGAAAUCUGGGUUGGGAUUGUAAUUGGGUCACCUGGGGUCAAAAACUAGGUCACUAGGUCAAAUGAUUGAAAAACCUUGUGUAGACAAUAGAGGUCACAGUUUUUAUCUUAUUUUUAUGAAAUUUGGUCAGAAUGUUUAUCUUGAUGAAAUCUGGGUUGGGAUUGUUUUUGGUAAGUCAGGUGAGCGAUUCAGGCCAUCAUGGCCCUCUUGUUUACUAGAGUUAUUCAAUGGAUACUCAAAGAAAUGUGGUCUUACAAUUUGAUUCAUUCCAGUGUGUAUAAAAGCUUAACUUUUCUUAGCGUUGGGUAAUAGGAAUACUGAUAAUAAUGCCUAAUGGUCUGAUGUUAAGUCUGUGGAUCAGUAGACAAUUUGUUGUUUGCUAGAGGUCUAGAAAACAUGUUGACCCAUGAUCAUUCAAAUUGGUAAGAUGAGUGCAUUACAUGGGAUGAAAGGACGAUGCCAAACAAUUUUAAGUGUAUAGAUGAAGAUGCUUGUUACACGUAAUGUAGACUCUUUCGUUUUCCAUUAAACUUUGGUACAGUCUUACAUUUUCCGGAUGCCUCUAAGCGUAUUUUGCAUAUCCGGGGAAUGUUUUAGUAUUCUUAAGAGUACCCGGUGAACUUUUAAGUAGUACCCGAGCCAACAAUGACUUAUUGAGCAUUAAUAUGGAUGAAAGAUGCCGAUCAAUGUUCAGGUCAAAAGUAAAGACAAAAAGGGAUUGUAACAUGAAAACUAUUUCCACACUAUAAAACAACUUUAACCUUGGAUCAUGCAUGUUGGUAAGUUUUUGGUUAAAGGAAGACUUCUAUCGAUUUGCAGAUUAAAAGGUUAAAUUUCAAGGUCACAGGAGCAUGUAUAUUAUAACAUCUCUUAUUAAUUGCUUAUAUUGGCACUUGACUGCAUGUGUGUGUGGGGGGAGGGGGCUUACAUGUUUAACAAUUUCACCAACAAUGGUGUUCGAAAAAAUGCUGUUGACAUUUGUGAACAAUGAUAGAAAAAAAUCCAAAACUGCCAGAAUGUAUGUUGUUCAUGUUUGGUAUAGUUGUCUUCUGUGUGGCUUCUUUUUUCAGUGUUUAUUGAAGGGAGAUGUGUAAUAUUUUGUUCAAAGUUAGAAAUAGCAUUUAAGAGCUAUCAGUGUUCAGAUUGUUAUGAAAAAUUACUUCAUAAUUGUCUUUGUUAUUACAUUUUUCUAAAGGUUACAUAUCAUGUAAGAAUAAUGUAAAAUACCUUUUUGGUUUAUAUGGGUGUGGGGAUUGAUUGAUACUGUAUGUUGACAUUGUUUUGAAUGUCAACUUUCAUAUAUAAAUAGUGCUUACAUUUUAUUAAUUCAUUACAAUCAUGCUAUUCUUGACUGCUAUGAACAGUUUGUGAAGUCUGUUUCAUUGGUUGUGGUAAAUCAACCAUUAUGUUGAAAACUAAAUUAAAGUUACAAUAAACUUACAAAUUAAUUAAAAAAAAGAAAUAUAUCAAGUGAUAAGCUACCCUAUGUAUGUUAGUAAAUUAUAUGUAUUUAAUUAUGUAUUUUUAUGAGUUGUGCUCUGGCAAAACUGGGGUUAAUGUGUGUGUGUAAAGUAUUGUCCCUUUGAAGUUUACAAAGGUUUUUCAGGAACGACAUUUUCCGCCUAGACUAUAUUUUUUAAGAGACUUUCUUUAACAAAAAUUUCCAUAAAAGUGGACUGCACAUGCUUAUCAGGGACUAUACGUUAUGAACAUGAAUUAUGCACACCUUUUUGCAGAGCCUGCUGAUAUAAUAAUAACUAUCAAAAACACAAACUUUCAAACCUGUAUUUUUUAUAGAAUUAUGGAACAACUCUGUUCCUGUGUGUUGUCAUGUCCGAAGGGACUUCAUGAAAAAUUUCUAUUACAAAGGUUGUAUUUAGUUGUUUUGUUAAUUAUAUCUAGUCAAACCGUAUUUGCAAUCAUGAUUAUUUCUCUAUAAACGAACUACUUGGAAUGUUGAUAAUUUGCUGUAUAGAUGCACUAUUUUCAAUUACCGGUAUUACUGUUUUCUCAAUAGAUGCACUAUUUUCGAUGAUCAUUAUUAUUUUACUUGGGAAACACUAUUUUCAAUGGUUAUUAUUUCUUUAUUUAUGUAAUUUUUUCAUUGAUCAUAAUUUCCCUAUUGAUGUACUUUUUCAAUAAUUAUUUUUUUCUCUACAGAUACACUAUUUGGGUACACUAUUUGCAAUUUCCAUUAUGGAAUCUAUGGAUACACAAUUUGUAUGGAUCAUAAUUUGCUCUAUGGAUACGCUUAUAUACAUGCCCUGGCUUAUGCAUCUGGUCUUGGUGUUGGUUUAAAGCUCAACUGAGCACUUACGAUACUGUGAUGUCGGUCAGUGCGUGCAUAAGUGCUUGUGUUAACUUUCUUUAAACUACUAUUUCUCCUUAACUGCUAGCUUGAUUUAAAUGAUAUUUCAAUGCAAAGAUCGCUUCUUACCCUCUUUCACAUUUGUUAAAAUAUUCAAUUGCAUAUGUAGCUUACCAGAUCUUAAAAUAUAUAUAAAAAUGAAAUAUUAUAAAAUCUUCGCUGAAAGCUUAAGGGUUUGGGUUUUAAUACCUGUAGUUAGUGUUUAAUAUAGUCUAUUGGUCCUGUACUAAGUUAGGCAUACCAUUGGGGUCAAACAUGGCAAAGCCCUACGAGUGGUAUGACUUAUAGCAAAAUGUCCUAGGCUUUUGUGUUUCCCUUAAAUGUAUAGAUAGAAAAAAAUCUAAAAUCUUCUCUCUGAAACCACAAAGCCCAUAGAUUUGGUAUUUGGCAUGUAACAUCAUAAAAUAUUUUCCCUGAUACUAUUUGGUAACAACCAUAUAUUAUGUUAUUAGAUCUCACUCUACAAAUUGUUUGAAACUCCAGUAACUCUAACAAGCACACACGAAGUCUUUGAACAACUCUUGUUUUUCAUUUCACUUAAGUAGCUUGAAAUUUAAAAAAUAGUUGAAUGUUUACCCAAAAAAGAAGAUUGUCAGGCAACAUUGACCUGACUCCCCCAACAAAAUUAGUAUAGUAUCGGACUUUUAUUUUGAUUGCAUUGUAUUAUACCGAAAUCUCUGCAAAGAGAAAGUGUUAAUUCAUGUUUCAAUGCAAUAUUGCACAGUAUUAUUCUAUGCUUGGAAAACCGUAGAAGCAUUACCAAAAAGGUCAUAAACAACUCUAUAAAAUAUGUUAAGUCUGUCCCUGAAUUAUAAGUAUUUUAGCACACCAAACAGAUUUUUUCAUCAAAAAGUUACAUCUAGCUGGCACUUGAACAAGUACAAAUGUCCUACAAGAUAACCACAGUUGUAACUUGCUAAAUGAUAUAUGAUGAUUUAUAAAUCAAAUAACUACCAAUGUUUAAUAUAUUGAUGUAUUGUUUACAUAUCCGUCAGUUAACUAAGAUCUUUGUUUAACGUUUUUGGAUGAAGUGCAAUUGAACAUGGCUCUGACCUUUUAGAUGAAGGUUGCACAAACCAACUGUUAUUGGAAGUGUUGUUAUAAAGAUACAUGUGUGAUUA